UUAUUAACUGACACACAUAUGAGUGAAUUAACAGCAAAUAUAGGAAAUAUUUACAAUGAAAAUGCAAUGACAGACGAUAAAGGAAAGAUCAAAUCAUAAACCUAAUCAAUCUAUGUAUCACCAAAUGAAUAGCCAACAAUUUUAAGUUAGAAUUUUGUUUAUGAUGGAUUUAAUACACCAAAAGUAUGAUCAUAUACUUACUUAGAUUCCAUGUUUAUAUCAUAAAGGAAACAUCCUAACAAAUUUUUGUUCAAGCAGCAAUUGUUUAUUGCCUUUAUGUCCAUAAUGUGUAGAAGAGCAUAUUAAUAAACAUAAGGAGGAAAAGACUGCGAAUAAAAUUGAAUGUUUAGAGAAUGUCUUAAAUACUAUUUAUAAAGAUAUUGUUUAAGAAAGUAUCUUAUAAUCCUUAUUUAAUUAGCUAAUUUCUUUGCUAAAAGUUAUUUUGAUUUGAAAAAAAAUGUUGAUAGUAUGGAUUCUGCAACUGAUAAUACUAUUAAAAAAUUAGAAGCCAUCUAAAGGCGUAUUAAAUAAGUAGUAGAUCAAUUUUUCGAAUCUUUGAUAAAUGAUGUUAAAAAUAAACAAGAGAAGAAUAAAUCAAAUUAAAAAAAGGAUGCAGAUUCUCUCAAAAAACUGGUAUUAUUAAUUAAUAAACUUUUAUAGGUUUAAGAAAGAUGGUCAUCUCAUGUUACUUUUUUAGAAACUUUGAAUUCUGUAAAUAGUAUGACAUCAGUGAUUCAAUAUUUUGGAACAUCCUUACGAGAUGAUAAUGAUAAGUAUUUUAAAAUAUUGGAUGAAUAUUCUAAUAGAUUUGAAUAUGUAACUUCAGAAAUUAAGUUCCAUUAAGAAAAAACGUAAUAGAAAAUGAUAAAUAUAUAGAAUAGAAAUUGCUGCUCAUUUAAGUCAUAUAAUCCAAAUUAAACAUAAUGAUGUACCUGAAUUUAUUAAAAUACAUACUCUACCAAGUCCAUAUAUAUCUGAUGCAGUUUCCUUUAAAUCUAAGGCAUCCACAUAUAUCAAACCUUCAUAACCUUUAUACCCAUUUACAUAGUAAUCAAGUUUCACUCCACCUUAACAUGUAAUAACAGGAGCCACAAGAUUACUUGAUAGUGGAACAUUUUACACUGAUAAAAGAUAUACAGAUUCAUUAAAUAGAUUUCCAUAGUAUUAAAUGAGAUGA